AUGGCAGAGACAUCGACACCAACCCCACCUCCAUCCUCCGGCCCCAGCACUCCCCCCUCAAGUGCAGCCGAGCAGGCAAGAAUCCGCAAGGAACGCCGCGAAGCCAAGAUUCGCGCCGGAGGCUCUGCCCGCCUGAACAAGAUCACCGGUCUAGGUGGUGGAAUCCAACGAGAUCCACCACCACAGCCCACAGCCUCCACCGCGCACGCCGACCCCGAAGAGGUAGACAUCUCCCAACACUACUACGAGCCCAGCAAGACCGCGCGGUCCCGCAACAAUGCCGCUCCCGCUCCCGCGCCGCCGCAGCAGCAACAGCUCAACGACCAACAGCUCCGCCAGAUGAUGCUCGGUUUUGACCCAGCGUCCACGCCAACCCCGGCAUCCAACCCCUUUGCCGGCCCGGGCAUGGCGGCAGCAGGAGCAGGAGCAGGAGCCGAGGACCCUAUGAUGAAGAUGCUGCAGCAGAUGCUGGGCGGGGCGGCUGGCGGGGGUGCGGACGGCAUGCCUGCGUUCGCUGGGAUGCCGAACGCGGCCGGCCCGACGACGACGACGACGGCAACAGCAGCGGAUCCGUACGCCUACCUAUGGCGCAUCAUCCACGCGGUAUUUGCUCUGGGGUUCGGGCUGUACAUCGCGUUCACGACGCAGUUCACGGGGUCGCGGGCCGACAGGGAAUCAUCGUCUGGGCUGGCGGCGGCGUACAUAUCUGAAGAUGGGACUGGCCGUUCGGGGGUGACGCCCGCGUCGGUGCAUUUCUUCUGGGUGUUCGCUACGGCGGAGGUGCUGCUGCAGACGAGCAGGUUCUUCGUGGAGAAGGGGCGGGUGCAAUCGAAUGGUAUGCUAGGCAUGGUUGCGGGGUUCUUGCCGGAGCCGUAUAAGGGCUAUGUGGCACUGGUGAUGAGGUACUCGAGGAUUUGGACCACUAUAAGCGCUGAUGCUAUGGCUUUGGUUUUUGUAUUGGGCGUUUGUGCCUGGUGGAGAGGUACUUGA